AUGAGGAUUUAUAAGGAAAAUUUUCAGCUAUGCGUCAGUAUUUUAAGUUCUCUAUGUGAUACAAUUAACCCUGCAUCGCUUCAACGCGACGGAACCAGUGCAGUUUUGAUCGAUAAAAAAAUAUAUUAUAUCGGUGGCAGAACAAAAGAAAACCUCACUUCAAACGAUGAUGCAUUUCUAUUGGAUUUAUCAUCAGACUUUGCAGUAGAUGAACCAAAUUUUACAAAUUUUACUCAAGUUUCUGGACUUGAAAAUAUGGCAUCACCUACUUGGACUGCUGCUUGCCUAGGAAAAGAUAAUACUAUAUAUAUAUUUGGUGGAUCAGAUGGAUCAAAUUCGUCAUUACCCCAAACAAACACAUUAUACAAAAUAAGCCGAUCCAGCGACAAUUCUCUCAUCUGGACAGAAGUUUCAUCAAAUCAAGGAGACACGUGGCCAAGUCAACGAGAUGGAAUAGUUCCAAUUAUUGAUAAUCUUUCAAGAAUUUACGUAUGGGCUGGACGUAAUAAAAAUUUAACCCUAGAUUAUACAAUGUAUAUAUUUGAAGUGGAUAAUUGGAAAGGCUAUAUUUUGGAUAAUGCGCCGAUUCCAAGAUCAUCUUAUUCGGCUACGUUAUUAAAUGAUGGCCGAAUUAUUUAUAUUGGCGGUCAGAAUGCAACCUCAGCUUCAAAAGUGUUUAAUUUUAUGGAGCUAUUAAUAUUUGAUACCACAAAACUUAGCUGGACUAUUCAACCAUCCACAAGUGACACAAGCAUAAAAAAUCGAGCUGCACAUUCAGCAUUACUUCACUUGGAUUCCAUUUCUAUUAUUAUCUAUGGAGGAGGUUACUAUAUAGGAGGCGACAGUCCUUACGGGGAUAUUCCCGAGUCUGACUCAGUAUGGAUAUUGAAUACCAAAACUUGGUCAUGGUCCCAGCCAUCAAUUCCUAGCUUAUCCUACAUUAAUGUGACAAAAGGUCAUACUGCAGUUAUGUAUAAUGGAUAUAUGAUGAUAGCUUUAGUUAUGGAUGUCACGAAUUUAAGCUCACUGGCUUGGGAUCCUACUUACAAAGUAAGAUUACCAUCAACCACGACUACUACAGGUCCAACAAAUACACAAAGUACAAAUGCUUCAACUGAUGGAACCACUGGAAAAAAUCUUGGUCUAAUACUUGGAAUUGUUAUCGGUGGCAUCCUUCUUGUUAUCGCGGUUUUAAUGAUAUUCUUUAUAUGUCGUCGACGUAGAUCGGAGUCUUCUGCUACCCCUUAUCCUGUUACUCCUGCUACAAAUGGAAGACAUUCAGAAUAUUCGAACAAUGAACCAGUUUCCGUUACUACAAAUGGAAGACAUUCGGAAUAUUCUGCACAUUCGAACAAUGAACCAGUUUCCGUUACUACAAGUGGAAGACAUUCGGAAUAUUCUGCACAUUCGACCAAUGAACCGGUUUCUGCUAUUUUUUCAACUGUCAACACAACAGGGUUUCCAGCCCAAGUUCAGAAUACAAAUCCAUAUAAUUUUUAUCCUAAUCCAGCAUACAUGUACCAACAAUAUCCACAACAAUAUUUAUAUAAUAGACAAUGA